CUUAUCUAGUUAACUCAUAAACUCUUAUGCAAAGUAACGAAAAUGGCUUCUUCUGCGGAUGCUUCUCUAGAGGGUGGCCUUUCGUCUAUGAGAUUGGCGGCCGAUAAGUACCGAUCGAUCUUGAAUGAUGAAAAAACUGGGAAUACACGGUGGAGAUACGGUGGUCCUCCGAUAUUUGACACUGUGAACAAGCUCUUCGAAGCAGAAAGAACUCAUAGAGAGACGAGCUUAACUGUCUCUACAUCAAAAGUUAAUAUGGCUACUAGGGAAGAGAGAGAUAAGUAUAGAUCUGUCCUUAACGAUGUAGGAGAUGUCCAAUGGAGGUAUGGUCACCCUCCAGCUUUUGACCUUGUGAACCAGCUCUUUGAAGAAGGCCAGACCAAGGUAUGGCCAGAAGGAUCCUUGGAAGAGACGGUUCAAAACGCAAUCAAGUCAUGGGAGAUGGAGCUCUCACACAAGAUCCGUUUACAAGACUUCAAGACUAUAAACCCUGAUAAGUUUAAGCUCUUUGUCAAUGGGAGAGAAGGAUUAUCAGCUGAAGAAACGCUUAGGCUUGGGAGCUACAAUGCUUUGCUCAAGACCUCUUUACCUGGAGAGUUUCAGUACUAUAAACCAGAAGAAGAGAGCUUCGAGUCAUCACAUGAUGCCUUUAGAUCUGCUUUACCGCGUGGGUUUGCUUUUGAGAUACUUUCCGUGUACUCAGGGCCGCCUAAUAUAGCCUUCAAGUUUAGACACUGGGGAUACUUUGAAGGAAACUUCAAAGGCCAUGCUCCUACUGGAGAAAUGGUUCAGUUCCUCGGCCUAGGAGUUCUAAAGGUUGAUGAACUGCUUAGAGCAGAGGAGAUUGAGAUUUAUUAUGAUCCAGGAGAGCUGUUCGGGGGACUGCUCAAGGGACCACCUAUAUCAGAGACCAAAACCACAGACAGUGGAGACAGCACUGCAGAGAAACAGAGCUGUCCCUUCACACAUUAAGAAAACUUAAGGAACUACGACUGUUGAUUUACUGUAUCAUUGGGCCAUACUGGAAAAAUAAGGAAAGCAGAAGUGUGUAGACUCUUUAUAAAAUAUAUUGUAAUAGUCACUUGGAUGCAUGGAAUAAGUUAUAUAUUAUGUUUUCAAGCGUCAAAA